GCACAGCCUGUGUCAUCAUGAUGUUGGUCUAUAAUGGAUGCAUGAAUCAUUAUUGCUAAUCGCUGAUUAUGUAAGGUAAAAAUGGCAGCAUAAAAUACUCCAAACAUUAAUCAGUGGAGCCGCAGAACCAUGGUUGAUUAUACAACACUAGCUGAUAUUUAUCAAGUGGUGCUGGAAUUAUUAUCGGGAAGGGACUCAACACUAGCCCGCCACUCCUGAUCUAAUCUAGCGGGUCGUCAUACAUCAUGGCUGGACAACACUUAUCGACGCCAUUUCUUUUGGCAAUCUCUGUGUUGCUCAUAUUUCAGAUAAGACUUUCAAAUGCUGAGAGAAAUUCAACAAAAAAUGAUGAAUGCGAAGUGAUUGGAGAUGUAUCUCUGCUAGAUGGAUGGAGAACUGGGACACGUCAAGGAGUUGUCUUGAUCUGUUUUGACAAUGACGGUACCCUCGAGUGGGGAGUUAUCUGUACCAGCUACACCUGGGACGAUUUUAAUGCAAAGGUAGUGUGUGGUCAGCUUGGCUAUGGGGGUUCAUCCAAAGCCGUUAUAACCGCAGAGAUGGAAUUCCUGGCAGUAUUGACAGCUUUUAAAGAUGUCGCCAUGGACAGCGUCGAAUGUAUCGGUAAUGAGACGAGUUUGCUUGACUGCAAGUAUGACACUAUAUGCCAUAUCAGCGACCUAGCUGGUGUAAAAUGUGAUGAUAAAGGUAACGAUAACAGCGGUGGUGGUGGUGUCGACAAUGGUUUCAACGAUGACCAAUUAAUUGAUCAGUAUGAUGAUAACCAAUUUGAUCAGUAUGAUAACACAUGGGAUUCAGGAGAUGAUAGCAUCCCCACCAGCCGCCCAAAUAAGAUGCCCACCGUCGCUGCUGUUGGAGUCAUCGGUAUGAUCGUCAUUACCAUCUCAGGGAUAGUACGCUGGAUGAAAAGAAGCCAGCUACAGCAAACACUGAAUAACAACAUCCCGAAUACUGUGGAGAACUUCCAAAUGGUGCCCCCUAACUAUCAAGUGGGGCAGCAUCCUCCUCCAGCAGGAAGUGCUUUCCCAAAUUCACAGCAAAUGUACCCUCCUAAUAGUCAGGCUGGACAAAUGAUGCCCCAGUCUUAUCCUUCUCCGUACCAAGGGGCACCUCAGCAACCCCCUCCAGGAGGGACGUUGCCCCUAUCGCAGCCAAACCCUUACCCAGCUGGGGGACCCCCGCAGUAUCCCCCUCCAUCCCAGAAAAAUCCUUACCCAACCGGGGGACCCGCACAGUACCCGCCUCCUUCUGGGAUGAUACCCUCAUCCCAACCAGACCCUUAUCCAGGGGGACCAUCACAGUACCCUCCACCGGGAGGGAUGAUUCCCCUAUCCCAGCAAUAUCCUUACCCAAGUGGGGGACCCCCGCAGUACUCACCUCCCAGUAAUGAGGGUACUGACUUGCCAAACUGUCCACCGCCAUCUUAUGAUGACACAAUCAAAUCAGAACAAGUAAGAGAGUGAACUGAAGUUUAGAUUCUAAGUGCCUGAAGACCGAGACUUCAGAAUAAAGGUUGCUAGCUGCAUGCACUUGUCAUUGAGUUUUUGACUUGUCCACGUUGGCUGAUUUUUGCCGCAAAUGGUGCGAUACCAAAGGUGUUGACAGGCCUUUUGGCGAAAUAAGGACGAGGCAGUUUUUACUAAAGGGCACUUCUAAGAGAGGAACUUGUACGAGAGUAACCAAAGAGCAGACAGGCAAUGGACUACCGGGGCAUAUAGAGACAAUUGCCUAUGGCUUAAUUAAACUCAAUUCAAUUGAUAAUCCCAAUUCACACUCAGGGCAUUUCAAAGCGUUGCACUCAGACACUUGACACUCCUGACGUGGGGCUAUACAUUUUCAAAAUUAAAACAAUUAAUAUUCUAUGAAGGUAAAGUGUUAUGUAAUAUUGAUGUGUGUUUUCUUCUUCAAAGUGGAUUAUCGUGAGAGCAAUCUUUUGUUGGUUGCAUGCUUUAACCAUUAUAAUUCAUACUUUAAAUGGAACACACACACACAUAAUUAUUUUCAAUGUGUUUUUGUUUUAAGAGAUGGUAAAUUUGCAUCGGGGAUAAAGAAUAUUAAUUUUGAUUUUUACCCCUACACCGACGUGUGUAAGCACUGUGUGUUUUUGUUUGUACUAAGUAUUUUAAAUGAAGGGAAUAACUUAUAGUUAUUUUUGGAUUGUUAAAGACUUAAGGCUUGGUAAGAGGCACUGCAGCUGUUGUGUAUAACAUUUUGUGAAAUGAUUCCCUUAUAAGGAAUGUGGUGUUAGAGAAGGGGAUUAGGGGAUGUGUUAGAGAAGGGUUUCCCAGAUAGGGUAUACCAUUAACGGAAUAUUCAUCCUGGUGGUCAUAACCGCUCCAGAUUUUAUUGUCUAUACAUUUUUUUUUAGAAUUAAAACAAUUGAACGGUCCCAAAAACCAAGGUAUACUUUGCCUGUAACCUUUUGAACUUGGUAGUUAUCACAGCUACAAACUAUUCACGGCGACGACGUUCAGUAAUUGUUGUGAAACUUAAUUUGAGGGGUGUUAAUCUAGUUAUCCAGAGGAAUGUGAACUUUGCAUGCCGGAGAGAAGCCCGUUCAGAUAAAAAAUAAAAAUAAACAUACAAUUCAACGGCGCGAUUGUUGAAAGUAAACAUUAAGUUAAAAAUAGGUAUAUUAUGUCUCUAGUUUUGUACGAAGUUUGUAUUAAAACAUUGGGUCAUAAUUUUUUUUAUAGCUAUUUUGUUUUUAUCAUUUUUACACAAUAUUAAUAAUAGAAUAGCCAUGUAAAUCGUGUCAUGUGUCUGAUGGGACAAAUUUAGUUAGGGUAAGAAAUACUUGGUCAUCUGUAAAUCGAAACAGCCUAUCGUAACUGAUAAAUCAAUUACAAACGCAACUUUCCACUUCAUCAAUCAAAGAGACAAUAAAUUGGGUGUAAUCAUAUACCACUAACCAAUUAAAAAACUUAGUUUUUUUUCUUUUAAAAGUUUCCGGCAUGCGAACAAUUAACCCAAUACAAACCACUAAUUGUAAACCAAGGGAGAACGUUCGAUAAAACGCGGCUUUCAUUCAAAUACAAAGGUUGUAAAUAAUUUAUUUCUCAGUUGAUGACAAAAUGUACUUUAAAAUAACAUUGAAUGUUCUCAGUGCAUCUAUAUGUUGAGGCCUUGGCUAAGUGCCCCAUCAGCCGAGUGCACCAAAUGAAAUCUGGACUUUAUUUAUACAAAUUACCAAGUAAAAACUUUCCAUAUUUUUAUAAGCUUUAAAGUUAUUGUUUAUUUUGUUCAAUAUGUCUGUGUUAUGGAUGCAAUAUAAUGUUUGGUUUAUUGUAAAAACAUUAGAAUAUAUAAGCAGUCUAUAGAGACUGAAACAUAUUCAAAUUUGUACUGAUUUAAUGAUAAUACAACUAUAAUUUAGUGUUUGUAGAAACAAACACUAGGUGUUCGGCUAUCGUCGAAAAGAGUGUUGUUACUAUAGAUUGAAAAGCUGUAUUGUAGGGGACAUGUCAUCAGAACAAAAAAACUUUGAUUUCUUGUGCUGCUCAAGCACUUAGGAAGCGGCCGGCGCACAUUUCCAGCGAUUUUCAACCUACUGAAUAACAAAGUGGAUGCAUAUCAGAAAACUGUUUCCAGAAGUGUUCGAGGCAUUGUAAGUAAGCAUGGAGAAGCGGUGCGUGCUUAUCCCAGACGCUUUCAAAAAGCUGUUAUGUGGGAUAUGGAAAACGGUGGGCGCAUUUCCGUGCCGAUUCCAAAGCUGUAUAUGUAUGAGAAAUGAUGGGUACAGAUCAAAGCCGUUUUCAUGCGUUUUAAGUGAGGAAAUUGCAUGCAGUGGUGCACAAUUCAGGCCGUUUCGAGACUCCUUGAAGUUUUGAAUUCGGUCGGUGUAAUUACGCUUGUCGAAAUGAUCUUUAAACAAGAUGUCAGAAAACGUAGGGGAUAAAGAAAUAGCUUAGCUUUUGGCCCAUAUCAUAGGAAUUUGUUUUUACUGAAACAGCAACUUUUGCACAUCGGGGGAAGUGUCCGACCAAAGAGCUACAAGAAAGAGCAAACAUUAUCGACUCGAUCACACAUGGUUCAGGAGAUAUAUCUUUGGUUACCUAUAAGCAUUGAAUUCGCGUGACCUGACAUCUAAUGAUGUCAUGAUAACAAAAAUUAACGAAAAUUAUAAUUAGGUCUCCGUUCUACAAACUGGAGUUUAUUCAAAUUUCAUCUUGCACUGCUGUUUGACAUAAUUAUUCCACUUACUGCAAGUACUGAUUUGUACUUUUCAGAUUGAUAUGCUUGCGAAGAUAAUAAGUUUUUUUGAUGACUUUUAUAUUUAUGAAAACAGAUGUAAACAGUUAAAUGGGGAGCUCACACUGUUUGUAAUGCCAAAAGUUGCACUAAUAGUUGCUAGCUCAUAAAUGACAAUAAAAAACGUCCACACCGGCUGUUGGAACCCUUGAUAAUGCUCCAAACCUGAAUAAUUCACAAAUACAAACUAUGGUGAAAAUUUUAGCAUGUGAUCUUUCAGUGCACCCCAGUUAAAAUCUAGGGACGAAGGCUUGAAUCGUGUGGAUUGAUUGUUCAGACCCUACGUGUAUGUUUGGGAUUUUCCUCUAUAAUGGUUGCCUAUCACAUCUAAAACUGACAUUUCUUAACCACUAACACGAGUAUCUUCAGGUAUAUGGCUCUUGCGAAAAAGAUUUAUAAAGAAAAACUUUACAUGUGGUGGUUGUAUAUUUACAAACUCUAGUUGUUCGGUGUACACAUCAAAACUUAACCCCCUAUCCUAGCCCAAUAUGUUUUAUAAAAUGGGUGGGAUUCGAACCUACAAGGUUUGCACUGCUGGAGCAGAUCUCUUACCGCUGCUAGAGCAGGGCCCAAUUUCAUAGAGCUGCUUCAUGGUCGAUUUUGUGUUUAUUCGGCACACCUAGCAAAUUUUUCAUUUCAUAGCCUUGCUUAAGACAAGUCAACAGGUCAAGAGAAGGUCACCAACUCAACCAUUUUUAUGGAGUACGUAAAGUUCUUUCAUAUGAUGUAAAGAUUGACAAAAUAGCUUAUGUGGUUGUGGAAAUAUAAACUUAUAAAAUACUGACGGGCAUACCGGGGUCGACCCAGGGAAGCUAAUCGAACGCUCCCACGAUGGCAAAAGCGCUGAAAAGGGGUACCAGAAACUAUAGUUUUAUUUGGUCUGAAAAAUGGUGCACCACUUAUGUACCCCUCAAAUAGUUUUGAUGCAUGUUUAUUUGAUUGUGUAAGUCUUGCAUGAAAUUCCAGUGCUUCGUUUGUGAAUAUCACAAGUUCCGAUAUGUUAUACUGUAAUAUAAUAUUUUGUGAUAUGUAACUUGAAACUGGUUUUAGCACUUCAAAGAUCUCCGGUAAUUUCUUAGUGGAACGAUAUGUGUUGAGUGUAUAUUAAAACGGGGAAUGCGUUUUACUUUUGCCAUGUUUGAGCUGUUUUACUGGACACUUAAUAAAUUAUUUAAUUGAACAAUUUUAGUUAGGUCUUAAUUUAUUGUCGGACUAUUGAAAUUGUGGGUCAUGUAAACACUUGAAUCCGAAAUAGGCCUACGUCAUCGGCGUGGGUGCUUUUCACUGUAUUGUGACAACACUUUGAGUACAAAUAUUCCCAACUAAGGUGUAUUUUCAUGCAAUAUUUUUGAAAUGAAGCUAGUAACAUUCCCGAUAAAAGGCUAUAUACAAUUAAAUUCUAAAAUUUUCGGAUCAAAACAACAAAAUCGGAGUUUGUAUUCAAAUAAGAAUAUUGAGUGUUUCAUAACGAAAAUUUUUUAUUAGGUCUCCGUUCUACAAACUGGAGUUAAUUCAAAUUUCAUCUUGCACUGCUGUUUGACAUAAUUAUUCCAUUUACUGCAAGUAAACUGAUUUGUACUUUUCAGAUUGAUAUGCUUGCGAAGAUAAUAAGUUUUUUUAUGACUUUCAUAUUUAUGAAAACAGAUGUAAACAGUUAAAUGGGGAGCUCACAUUGUUUGUAAUGUCAAAAGUUGCACUAAAUAGUUGCUAGCUCAUAAAUGACAAUUAAAAAAACAUCAACACCGGCUGUUGGAACCCUUAAUAAUGCUCCAAACAUGAAUAAUUCACAAAUACAAACUAUGGUGAAAAUUUUAGCAUGUGAUCUUUCAGUGCACCCCAGUUAAAAUCUAGGGACGAAUGCGACGACGUUCAGUAAUUGUUGUGAAAUUUAAUUUGAAGUGUUAAUCUAGUUAUCCAGAGGAAUGUGAACUUUGCACGCCGGAGAGAAGCCCGUUCAGAUAAAAAAUAAAAAUAAACAUUAAAUUCAACGGCGCGAUUGUUGAAAGUAAACAUUAAGUUAAAAAUAGGUAUAUGAUGUCUCUAGUUUUGUACGAAGUUUGUAUUAAAACAUUGGGUCAUAAUU